AUGGCGCCCUCGCAAAAGGUCGCCGAGCGGCUCGCCCAAGCCGAGUCCGCGGGCGACAAGGCAGCGGCCUACGAGGCCAUCAUCGCCGACAUCAAGAACCUCUCCUCCCCGCCGACAAUCACCUCCGACCUGAACGCCGUCCUCGAUGCCUUCUUCGCCGCCUCGCUCGGCAUCGUGUCCACCCGCGCCGUCCUCACAACCUUCGUCAAGGUCCUCCGCGACCUCAAGAACGACGACUUCUGGAUCGCCGUCGGCACGCACACCCUCUCCCAGCUGAGCGCCCAGCCGUCCUCCUUCCUCGACCAGGCCGCCGCCGUCCGCGAGCUCGUCGCCGAGGCCCACGAGAACAAUGAGGACUUCCUCGACGCCGCAAAGUCCCUCGCCGAGAUCCCCCUCGACGGCUCCCAGCGGAAAGUCACAAACGACGACAAGGCCCGCGUCUGGGUCCGCAUCGCCCGCAACUACCUCGAGGUCGACGAUACCACCGCCGCCGAGACGUACGUCAACAAGCUCAAGAAUAUCAUGCACACCGUCCAGGACCGCGACCUCGACCUGCACUUCAAGCUCUCGCAGGCCCGCAUCCUCGACUCCAAACGCGACUUCCUGGGCGCCAGCAACCGCUACCACGAGAUCAGCCUGAGCCCGGCCAUCGCCGAGGAGGAGCGCCUGCACACCCUCAGCAUGGCCGUCAAGUGCGCCAUCCUCGCCCCCGCCGGCCCGAUGCGCAGCCGCGCGCUGGGCAAGCUGUACAAGGACGAGCGGUCCGCCGGGCUGGACGAGUUCGGCAUGCUGGAGAAGAUGUUCUUUGACAGGCUGCUCGCGCCCGCGGAGGUGGAGAAGUUCGCGCAGGGCCUGCAGCCGCACCAGCUUGCGACGACGGCCGACGGGUCCACCGUCCUGGCCAAGGCCGUCGUGGAGCACAAUCUGCUAGGUGCCUCGCGCCUGUACCGCAACAUCGGCUUCGAGGCGCUCGGCUCGCUGCUCGGCCUGGACGGGGAGAAGGCGGAGGAGACGACGGCGCGCAUGAUUGAGCAGGGCCGGCUUCUCGGCCGGAUCGACCAGCUCGAGGAGGUGAUUUGGUUCGAGGGCGGCGAGGCCUCGGGCCAGAAGGGCAGCGGGCGGGCGGAGGUGACGGUCGGUAAGGAGAUGAGGCAGUGGGACGCCAACGUGCAGAGCAUGGCUGAGGAGGUCGAGAAUGUGACCAACGCUUUACAGAAGCAGUUCCCCGAAUUCGUGGAGGCCAACUUGGUUGUAUGA